AUGGCUAAAAUCGCAAUUGUCAUCUACUCUCUGUACCACCACGUCGCCACUUUGGCCAAGGAAGUCGCCAAGGGUGUUGAAGCUGCGGGAUCUACCGUUGAGAUCUUCCAGGUUCCAGAAACCCUUACCGAGGACGUUUUGCAGAAACUCCACGCUCCACCUAGACCAGAGUUCCCAAUCGCUACCCCAGAAACUCUGACCAAGUAUGACGGUAUCCUGUUUGGUUUCCCAACCAGAUUCGGUAACGUUCCUGCCCAAAUCAAGGCCUUCUUCGACGCUACUGGAGGUCUCUGGGCCACUGGUGGCCUUUACCACAAGACUGCCGGUGUCUUCAUUUCCACCGGAUCUGGUGGUGGUAACGAGAUUACCAUUGUCAACACCUUGUCUUUCUUCUCCCAUCAAGGUUUGAUCUACAUCCCAUUGGGAUACGCCAAGGCCUUUGCUGACCUCACCAACCUCAACGAGGUUCACGGUGGCUCUCCAUGGGGUGCCGGUACCAUCGCUGGUUCCGACGGCUCUAGACAACCAACCGAGCUUGAGCUCAAGGUCGCCCGUAUCCAGGGUGAAGAGUUCGCUACUGCUACUGCCAAGCUCGCCAAAUAG